GCUGAUUGUGCCACGCCCCCUUUUCGACGUCACCCAAUCACCCAUUUUCCGGCCACGUCCAGCCGAUAAACAAAGGCGUUAUUCGCCGAUUCGGCAGCCGAAUUCGGACAAAAUAAUGUUCUGGUGAGGCAUGCGGUGGGGCGCACGUGUUUCGGGGGCAGCGUUUGGGGCGGCCCUGCUCCUCGGGCUGCUGGCGGCGUUGACGGAGGCGGUCGAGCUCACUUUCGAACUGCCGGACAAUGCCAAGGAGUGCUUUUUCCAGGAAAUCACCAAGAACACCACCUGCACACUCGAGUUUCAGGUUGUAACCGGCGGCCACUACGACGUGGACGUCAUUCUGGAGGCGCCGAACAAAGAGGUUUUAUACCGAAAGGUAAAAACCCAGUUCGACAGCCACACUUUUACCGCCACCAUGGACGGCGUCUACUCGGCUUGCUUCAGCAACGAGUUUUCAACCUUCAGCCACAAACUCGUCUACAUGGACUUCUCAGUAGGAGACGAGCCUGCCCUGCCGGGCAUUGGAGAACACACAACAGUCAUUACACAGAUGGAGUCUUCUGCACAAGAGAUCCAUAAAAGUCUGAACAGCGUGGCUGACUACCAGACGCACCACAGGCUGCGGGAGGCGCAGGGCAGGAAGCGCGCCGAAGACUUGAACUCACGAGUGCUGACUUGGUCGAUUUGUGAGACAGUCGCUGUGGUGUUUUGCGCCAUCGGCCAGGUGCUCGUCCUGCGCAACUUCUUCACCGAGCGCCGUCCCUACACCCAGUUCAAUUGAUUCAGCUGUAUUUAUUCCGAAGAAUAAUUGCUCCGUGUGCAAGUCUCGAUUUUUAAACUCUAAAUUGUUGUCAAGCGGUAGCUGCUGCUUUUGCCUUUUUAUAAUUUGCUGCACCAUGAAAGAAAUAAAAAAAAAAUAGCGCUCUUUAAAUGUGAACGGGAGUCAGUGCCUAUGGAUGAAGGAUUGCGAGCGAGGACGAAUGAUGCUGAUGUGUGCUUUUUGUUGACAUUCUCAUUGUCAGUGAAGUUGGCAAGAUUUUCCCUGUUAAAAUCUUAUUGGGAGCAUCGCCUCUAUUAUAAUUUGUUUUCUUUCAAGUAUUUCUGUUAUGAAGUGUUGCCUAAAUAAUAUUGAUUGCAAGGUAGGGAUAUUUAAUGUUGGCGCAAAAUCGUUUUCUAGGUGUUCGAUACGAAUUGUACAUCAUGCUAAAGACCUUUUUGAUCACAAUUGAAUAAAAUUAUUUCUGCCUGGAA